CAUCAUCCCUCACCAAUGCAUUCAUCUCUGAAAUCGAAUCCAAGCUCCUAUCUUUUUCUCAACCCUUCAAAAUCAACCUCAAACCCAUACCCAAUCUUCACUUUCCCGAGAAAUCAAAAAUCCUCACCCAACAAGUCCCUGAGAACCUCCAUUGACUUCGACCAAGAAGAAGAAGGAGCUUCGAAAGAGGUCCCCAGUAACGUACCUCGUCGUCAGCUCCCGAUUGUAAUCAAAAGCUCCGGCAGAGUUUCUAGGUACUUCCUCAAAGGAGACUCCUUGGAGCUUAUAUACGUUGAUGAAGAUGAUACGACGUCGUUUUCGCACGUUGGGUUCUUACGGCUUUCAUCUUUAGCUGUGAAAGACUUCUUUAUACCGAAACACGUUAGUGAUAGUUAUGUAAGUUAUGUGAAAUGGAAGUUCUUGCACAGAGUUUUCAGCUCUGCUCUUCAGGUUCUUGCCACUCAGGCUAUGUUUCGAGCCAUAGGGAUUGGACAGUCUCGGUCACUUGCUUCAUCUGCUGCUUUUAAUUGGAUUCUCAAAGAUGGGCUUGGAAGGUUGAGUAGAUGUAUAUACACUGCAACUCUUGCUUCUGCUUUUGACACUAAUCUCAAGAGAGUUAGGUUCUCGACGUCUGUGCUCUUUAGUCUGAGCAUUGGAGUUGAGUUAAUGACUCCAGUAUUCCCACAGUACUUUCUUCUACUAGCUUCCAUUGCCAACAUUGCUAAACAAAUUAGCCUGUCUUGCUACUUAGCAACAGCUUCAUCUGUACAUCGAAGCUUUGCUGUAGCGGAUAACCUCGGUGAAGUCUCUGCAAAGGCUCAGAUUCAAACUGUGUGUUUUGAUAACCUUGGUCUCUUACUGGCGGUUCUUUUAAACAUGCUAUUCCAAAACAACCAAAGACUGCAGGCAAGUCUACCUUUUGUUCUAUAUCCGAUUUUCUCCACAAUUGAUCUCUUUGGCAUUUAUCAAGGACUCAAGCAUAUCAAUCUGCAAACAUUAACCAAGAAUAGGCUUGAAAUAAUUCUGGAAAGAUGGAUUCAAACUCGUCAAGUGCCUUCCCCUGCUGAAGUGAGCAAAGAGGAAGGAGUUGAUCUUUUAGGGAGCAGAGCUAGCAAAAGGGUUUGGCCCAUCAGAAUAGGAUGCUUAGAUCCUAAGGCUCAGAUUCCUACGCUAUCAAUGAUGGCUAUGCAAUCACUCUGCAAUGAUGACAGUUACUUCAUCACCAUGGAGCUUUCCUCUCAAGGUUUCAGAAGAACACCAAGACCGGGGAUAGUUAUCUGUCUGCGUGAAGGAGCCAACAAUGUAGACGUUAUCAGGAGUUUGUUACAGACAUGUUACAUACGUAAAGCCUUUGUAACCAAUAGAUUCAAGAGCAGUGAUGCAUCCUUCUCAGACUUGACACUACAAGAUUGGUCUUUACUCGCAGGAGAGAGUAAGUUAGCUACACGAGAUGACUUUACCGAACUGUAUAAACAAAUGCAAGAACAAGGUUGGAUUGUGAAGAACGUGUUGUUGAGUGCUGAAGAGCAGGUUCGAUACAUUUUCGACCAACACCAGUCACUCACAUUGUAAACUGUUUUACACAGAGAUUUGUCUGUAAAUUUAUGCUUGUUAAAAUCUAUACACAAGUAGUUACCCAUCUACACUAGAGACUUUGCUUAUUUUUUAAUGUGGUAAACAUCAAUUUGAGAAGGAACUUGGCUCGGUGCUGUACAUAGAGUACUCACUCAUGCAAAUGUUUGCUCUCUCCUCACUCCAUUUCAGAAUCUCCAUUGCUAACUUGAGAGACGCAUCAACGCUGUUUGGAUCCAAACUCUUGCUAGAAGAAACAAACAGCUUUUUACCAGUCAAGGAAGAGUAGAACCGCUUGAACUUGACCGCUAUGUAAUGGAACGCGAGCUGACCCAAAGUGGGAUUACCAUUGUUGUUGUUGGAACGGUGACGACUGACCACAGGGUUAAAGUCUUGGAACCACUCGCAGCGUGUCAAAGGAACACGUUCCACUUUCUCUUCGAGAAGAUCGUACUUGUUGAGUAUCAAGAGGAAGUCCAUGUGCUCAAAGAUGGGGUGAGUGAUAAUGCUUUCAAAGAGUUUCUUGGUGAGUAACAUCUUGUUUGUUCCGUCUUCUGAG